GCUCGCGGAGUGAAAACGAGGCAUCUGUAAGGUUGGGCAAGGAGACGGUAACUCUUGCAGUUUAUUUGAAACGGUUCCUGGAAAAGUUGAGGCUCAGGUCAGCGUGUUGAGGCGCGGUACAAGGCGGACGCUUGCACGGCCAUAACGACUUUCCGCGUGUCGAGGCAACGGACUUGUAACUGACAGCAGCUUACCCUUCCCGCCCUGCCUGUUAUACUGCGUGUCGAGGCAACGGACUUGUAACUGACAGCAGCUUACUCUUCCCGCCCUGCCUGUUAUACUGUGUCACUGGCACGGCAGGUGGGCGGCACUACCGGAAGGGUCAUCAGGUCACCCACAGGGAGGACAUGACCCACGAGUACAAGGGUCACCGCUGCAUCAGUGUGUAUGACCUGCCCGCACACAUGACCACCAGUGAUCCAGGUGCUGACCUCAGGAGGACCAAGAGUGCUGUGUCUGCGAGUGUGUGCGGCAUGCUGAACACGGGCUUUGGUGGGACUGUCUAUCUGGGAGUGGAUGACGGCGGACGGGUGGUGGGCCUGCCGCUGACGAGCCAGCAGCAGCAUCACGUCCUCGCAUCUCUCUCCUGGACACUAUUUCGUUUCACUCCUGCCGUCCAUCCUGACCGAUACUGUGUCAACUUCAUCCCCGUGCUGGCCCCGCCCCGCCCAGAAGCCCCACCUCCAAUGCCGGCCCCGUCCGUGGUGGGGGGCGGGGCCGGGGGCGGUGUGGGCGCCGCGCAUCACGUGGCCACGCCCCGGCCCUGCUGGUGUGACAGGGAGGCCCGGAGACAUGUUACCGCGCCCCCUGAGUGGGUUGUGGAGAUACACCUUCGCCCCUGGGACCUCAGCUCACAGGAGAGGUUUCCCCUGCCCCCCCAGGAACCCCCCAAGCCUCCUCUGCCUCCCCUUCCUCCCCUACACUUGACAGAGGCGAAUGUGUGUUACUAUCGACAUGGGGCACGGCAAAUUACACUAUCCCUGGACGACAUAAGGAGACUGCUGGCUCACCGCACACACCGCUACUACACCCGAAGACUGGCAGCACUGAGAACCUACCUCGGGGAGCUCCAGGGUAAGGUUAGGGAGCACGGACUGGAAGGGGAACUGGAGGGUAGAAAGAGACGUGGGUGUGGAGGAGAGAGCAGGAGGGAGGGUGUAGAGGAUAUGAGAGAAGGAGGAGAGAUGGAGGAAAGUUUAUGUGUGGAGAAGAAAGAUAUAGGAUGUAGGGAAGAGAGAAUGGGUGCAAUAGGAAGAAAAGGCAAGAGGUAGUUGAUUCUGCGACAUGUUGCGAUGAAGAUAGAGGUGAAGGGAAGAAAAAAAGGAGAUGCAGGGAACUCACUAUAGCUAACCUCAAAAUGUAUAUCAAAUUUCGGACUCAUUAACUCCUCCGGUGCUGCUUAACCCGGAAACAACGACGGGACAAAUUUGUGGCUUUACCUUGUACCAGCGACGGGCCAAAUUAUUGCUAUGAUAUAAACCCCCCAAAAUAGAUGAUGCAUAAACUGAUCACAAAUGCGUUGAUAUAUUUUAUGAAAUGGAUUGCGUGAGGCCUUUAAGAAACAUGAUCCCCACAGCUACCGGGUUAACCAUUUAUUGAACACAGAAUCGAAAAAUGAGGAAGGAAACAGUCUUAAGCAUGAGCAUUCUGACACAGGGUAUAGUGAGAUAAACAUCCAGAUUAUUAAAAACCCUCUUUUUACAUUAACGAUCUUUGUGUAGUAAAAAAUAUUAUUAAAACUAAGGGAUUAUUCAUAGAGCGUGUGAUGGGGUUGAGGGGCAGGAAAUAGAACUGACUCAGGUGCUUGUUUAAAACUCUUGUCAGGUGUGUCAUAUCAAUCUGUCAUGCUGUAAGGGUGGUCAUUUUUUUAUAACCAGUACAUAAGUGAGAUUAAGUAAUAAUACCAUUGUCAUGUCAUCAUCGUUGUAGUAGUAGUAGUAGUAGUAGUAGUAGAAGUAGUUGAAUAAGAAAUGCAGAACAAAAUGCAAUAGCUGUAGUAUUUAAAAAAUGGUGUUUAGGAUUAAAGAAGUAAUCAGCUAGAAUUUGUGAAACCUGUAUGUUGUCAUUGCACACAAGUAGAACUCUAAAGUAAUACUAGUCAUUAUACCAGGGAAUGAUGUGACAAAUACGUAGUUAUGAUAAUGUAUGUACACGUGUGGAAAGCAGCUAUAAAGAUUAUUGUUCUUAU